UUCUUAUAGUACACCAUUUUUCAAUCUCUUUGUGUUCACCACCUCUCUCCCACACUUUUCUCUCUCAUCCAGCAUAUACGUACAUCUAUUCCUCCUUCUGAAUAUAUACAUAUAUAGGAAAUAUAUACAUAGUUGUUUAGUCGCUGUGGUUUUGCAAUGGCGCCGACCUUCAAAGACCUCCAGCUGACGGGGGUUGGUGGCGGCGACCGUGAUUCGUUGGCGAUCGAUGUAGGCGGUGACCUCGAGGACGUUAGACUGCUGGAUUCAUAUGAAGACGGGUAUGAUAAUACUGCUGAUUCAGGUAAAAGCGGACAGGGUUUAGAAGAAGGGGGUAUGAAGAGAAUUCAGGUGAAAGUUACAGGGAUGACUUGUGCAGCGUGUUCGAAUUCCGUUGAAGGAGCUCUUAUGAGUUUAAAUGGCGUCGUAAGUGCUUCUGUCGCCUUGUUGCAGCACAGAGCCGAUGUAGUCUUCGAUCCCAAUUUGGUCAAGGAAGACGAUGUUAAGAAUGCAAUAGAAGAUGCAGGGUUUGAAGCGGAGAUUCUACAGGAAAAGAGUACUUCUGGCACAAAGCCACAAGGAAGUCUCGUAGGGCAGUUCACAAUUGGAGGCAUGACAUGUGCAGCUUGCGUUAAUUCCGUUGAAGGUAUCCUAAGAAAGCUACCUGGUGUGAAAAGAGCGAUUGUUGCCCUUCCAACUUCAUUAGGGGAAGUGGAGUAUGAUCCUUUGUUAAUAAGUAAGGAGGAAAUUGUGAGCGCCAUUGAAGAUGCUGGUUUUGAUGCCACAUUUGUACAGAGUAGCGAGCAGGAUAAGAUUAUAUUGGGUGUUGUUGGGGUAUCAAACGAGUUGGAUGCACAGACAUUGGAAAGCAUAGUUUGCAAUUUGAGAGGAGUUAGAGAAUUUGGUUUUAACCGGGGUUCAAGAGAAUUAGAUGUUCUGUUUGAUACUGAGAUUCUUGGUCCAAGAUCUUUAGUUGAUGCAAUUGUUAGAGAAAGCUGUGGGAGGUUUCAGAUGCAUGUAAAGAACCCGUACACAAGAAUGGUAUCUCAAGAUGAAGAAGAAUCAUCAAAGAUGUAUAGGCUGUUCACAUCCAGUCUUUUCCUGAGUUUUCCAAUCUUUUUGAUGCGAUUCAUAUGCCCACACAUACCGCUUGUUUACGCAUUAUUGCUAUGGAGAUGUGGGCCCUUCCAGAUGGGUGAUUGGCUGAGCUGGAUACUGGUUACUAUUAUUCAGUUUGGUAUUGGGAAACGCUUUUAUGUUGCGGCUUUCAGAGCAUUACGUAACGGUUCAACAAAUAUGGAUGUGUUGGUGGCAUUGGGGACCACAGCAUCAUACUUUUAUUCCGUUUAUGCCCUUCUGUAUGGUGCCAUCACUGGGUUUUGGUCUCCGACUUAUUUUGAGACAAGUGCCAUGUUGAUAACUUUUGUGUUGCUUGGGAAGUAUUUGGAAUCUCUUGCAAAAGGGAAAACAUCAGAUGCUAUAAAGAAGUUGGUGGAACUAGUGCCCGCAACGGCUUUGCUGCUCCUGAAAGACAAAGGUGGAAAGAACAUCGGAGAAAGGGAAAUAGAUGCAUUGCUGAUUCAGCCGGGUGAUGUAUUAAAAGUUGUUCCAGGUACAAAAGUUCCGGUGGAUGGUGUUGUUGAGUGGGGUUCAAGUCAUGUGAAUGAAAGUAUGGUGACUGGUGAGUCAGCACCUGUUUUGAAGGAGGUUGACUCAUUGGUGAUUGGAGGUACAAUCAAUUUUCAUGGUUUACUCCAUGUCAGGGCAACCAAAAUUGGUACCGAUACUGUUUUGAGCCAGAUUAUUUCUCUUGUUGAGACUGCACAAAUGUCAAAAGCACCUAUUCAGAAAUUCGCUGAUUAUGUUGCAAGCAUUUUUGUCCCUAUGGUGGUUGGUUUGUCAUUAAUGACGUUACUAGGGUGGUAUGUGAGCGGAUCACUUGGAGCUUACCCAGAAGAAUGGCUACCCGAAAACGGAAACCACUUUGUAUUCGCUCUUAUGUUUUCGAUAUCAGUUGUUGUAAUUGCAUGUCCGUGUGCACUCGGUUUGGCCACCCCAACUGCUGUCAUGGUUGCAACCGGGGUUGGAGCCAAUAACGGUGUUCUCAUCAAAGGGGGUGAUGCAUUGGAGAGGGCCCAGAAGGUUAAAUACGUCAUUUUUGAUAAAACCGGAACUUUGACUCAAGGUAAAGCCACAGUCACCACAGUCAAACUAUUCACGCAGGAAAUGGAUCGUGGAGAUUUCCUCAGAUUAUUAGCUUCUGCUGAGGCAAGUAGCGAACAUCCGUUAGGGAAGGCAAUAGUGGAAUAUGCUCGCCAUUUUCAAUUCUUUGACCCGAAUGCAACAACCAAAGAUUCUCAUAAAAACAAUGACUCGCUAAUGUCCGGAUGGCUUCUAGAUGUCUCUCAUUUCUCCGCAAUUCCCGGAAGGGGUGUUGGAUGUUAUAUUCAUGGCAAGCAAGUUUUGGUUGGUAACAGAAGUUUGCUGACUGAGAAUGGAAUCACAAUUCCGACGAAUGUUGAAGAUUUUGUGGUUGAGUUAGAAGAAAAUGCAAAGACAGGUAUACUGGUGGCAUGUGAUACACAACUGAUUGGGGUGGUAGGGGUGGCGGAUCCGUUGAAGAGAGAGGCGGCUGUGGUGGUGGAAGGCCUUAAGAAAAUGGGUAUCCGACCUAUCAUGGUUACUGGAGACAAUUGGCGGACUGCUAAGGCUGUGGCCAAGGAGGUGGACAUUGAUGACAUAAGGGCGGAGGUGAUGCCGGCCGGAAAAGCCGAUGUCAUUCGUUCAUUUCAAAAAGACGGCAGCAUAGUGGCGAUGGUGGGAGACGGAAUCAACGAUUCCCCUGCCUUGGCAGCAGCCGACGUCGGAAUCGCAAUCGGAGCAGGAACCGACAUCGCAAUCGAGGCGGCCGAUUACGUUCUAAUGAAAAACAACUUGGAAGAUGUGAUCACAGCCAUUGAUCUCUCAAGAAAGACCUUCACUCGUAUCCGAUUAAAUUACGUUUUUGCCAUGGCAUACAACUUGAUCUCGAUUCCGAUUGCAGCCGGAGUUUUCUUUCCGUGGAUAAAGCUCAAGUUGCCACCCUGGGUGGCUGGUGCAUGUAUGGCACUCUCAUCUAUUGGAUUGGAUGUAAAAGCCUAA